AGUUCUACAAAGUCUUUGAUAAAUUAUAGCAAGUAUCAUGGAGAUGGAUAAAGAAGUAAACAUCGAGGAGGAAUCAGCUUCAGCAAGCCAUUUGCCAGGGGUAUUGUCACAGAACCCCGCUGCAAACACAGAAAACCAGCAAGAUUCUGACAAGAGUCAGAAGAAAGGGGAAAAGACAGUACCAUUCUAUAAGCUUUUUUCAUUUGCUGAUCCCCUGGAUUAUCUGUUGAUGUUUAUUGGAACAAUCGGCGCUGCUGCAAAUGGGGUCUGUAUGCCCCUAAUAAAUUUGAGCUUUGGAAAUCUUGUGAAUGCAUUUGGACAAAAUGCAGAUAUCAAAGAAGUUGUUCACGACGUUUCAAAGGUGUCUCUAGACUUUGUAUAUUUGGCUCUUGGUUCCUGUGUUGCGUCAUUUCUGCAGAUAACUUGCUGGAUUAUUACUGGGGAAAGACAGGCAGCGCGCAUAAGAACUCUGUACCUCAAAACCAUUUUAAGGCAAGAUAUUGGCUUUUUUGAUAAAGACAUACAGACUGGAGAAAUCAUUGGUAGGAUGUCAGGUGACACUGUUCUUAUUCAAGAUGCCAUGGGUGAAAAGGUUGGAAAAUUCAUACAACUAAUAGCAGGAUUUUUAGGAGGCUUUAUUGUUGCAUUUGUCAAUGGUUGGCUUCUCACGCUUGUCUUGAUAUCUUCUAUUCCACCACUCGUAUUUGCUGGUGCUGUCAUGAGCAUUAUUAUAGCAAAACUAGCAUCUCAUGGACAAACUUCAUAUUCAGUUGCAGCAAAUGUAGUUGAGCAGACAAUUGGCUCAAUUAGAACUGUAGCAUCAUUCACUGGGGAGAAGCAAGCUAUAGCCAGCUAUGACAAGUCCUUAAUGAAAGCUUAUAAGGCUGGUGUGCAAGAGGGCUGGGUUUCUGGGAUAGGAAUAGGUGUGGUAUCAUUUAUUGCUUUCAGCACCUAUGCAUUGGCUGUAUGGUUUGGUGGGAAAAUGGUAGUAGAGAAGGGAUAUACUGGAGGAGAUGUUAUGAAUAUAAUGUUUUGCAUCUUCAUAGGAUCAAUCUUUUUAGGACAAGCAUCUCUAUACAUGACUGCAUUUGCUGCUGGACAAGCUGCAGCUUUUAAGAUGUUUGAGGCAAUAGAAAGGAAGCCAGAUAUAGAUGCUUAUGACACUAAUGGAAGAAAACUAGAUGACAUUCAAGGGGAUAUAGAAUUUAAGGAUGUCUAUUUUAGUUACCCUGCAAGACCAGAUGAGCAAAUAUUCAGUGGAUUCUCCCUCUCUAUACUGAAAGGCACAACUGCAGCCUUGGUAGGAGAAAGUGGAAGUGGGAAAUCUACAGUUAUUAGUUUGAUUGAGAGAUUUUAUGACCCUCAGGCAGGUGAAGUCCUAAUUGAUGGUAUUAAUAUAAAAGAGUUCCAACUUAGAUGGAUCAGACAGAAAAUAGGCCUCGUCAGCCAGGAACCCAUCUUGUUUGCUUCUAGCAUAAGAGAUAACAUUGCCUACGGAAAAGAUGGUGCUACUGAUGAAGAAAUAAAGGCUGCUGCUGAACUUGCCAAUGCUGCCAAAUUCAUAGAUAAACUACCACAGGGACUAGACACACAGGUGGGAAAACAUGGAACUCAGCUAUCUGGGGGUCAAAAGCAGAGAGUUGCCAUAGCUAGAGCAAUUUUGAAGGACCCAAGAAUUCUACUUCUAGAUGAAGCCACAAGUGCUCUUGAUGCAGAAUCUGAAAAAAUAGUGCAAGAGGCAUUGGACAGGGUCAUGAUCAACAGAACUACAAUGAUUGUUGCACAUCGCUUGAGUACUAUAAGGAAUGCUGACAUGAUUUCUGUUAUACAAAAAGGAAAGAUUGUUGAAAAAGGUACACACUCUGAGCUAAUCAAAGAUCUUGAUGGAGCAUAUUGCCAGCUUAUAAGAUUACAAGAAAUUAGCAUGGCCUCAGAACAAAUUGUUCUGAAUGAUUCAGAAAGGCCAGAAAUAGUUAUAGAGUCUGGAAGGUACCUAAGUGAAAGAACAUCUGGAGUUGGAAACAGUAGCCGCCAUUCCUUCUCACUUCCAUUUGGUCUCCCCACAAGAAUCAGUGUCCAAGAACGAGAACCUCCAGAACCUUGCAAACCAGCAUCAAGAGCAUCAAAACCACCUCCAGAAGUUUCACUUCGCCGCCUAGCUUACCUAAACAAGCCAGAGUUUCCUGCAGUUUUACUUGGUAGCAUUGCUGCUGCAGUCAAUGGUGUAGUAUUUCCCAUGUUAGGCUUCCUGCUUUCUGGUGCACUCAAAUCAUUUAAUGAGCCAGCACAUUUACUCCGUAAGGACGCAAAUUUUUGGGCACUGAUGUAUUUAUUUCUUUCAUUGACAUGCCUGUUGGUCAACCCCUUAAAAUCAUACUUCUUUGCUGUUGCGGGGUGUAAGUUGAUAAGAAGGAUCAGACUAUUGUGCUUUGAGAAAGUUGUUCACAUGGAAGUAAGCUGGUUUGAUGAGGCUGAACACACUAGUGGUGCAAUUGGUGCAAGGCUUUCUGCAGAUACAGCAUCAAUAAGAAAUCUAGUAGGAGAUGCACUUGGUUUGCUCUUUCAAAAUAUUGCAUCUGCAAUUGCUGCUUUGGUUAUUGCUUUUAAAUCAAGCUGGAAAUUGUCUCUCAUAAUGCUUGUGAUGAUACCUAUGAUAGGACUUAAUGGAUAUGUUCAAAUGCUCUUCAUCAAAGGUUUCAGUGCCGAUGCUAAGAAAAUAUUUGAGGGAGCAACUCAAGUUGCUAGUGAUGCAGUUGGAAGUAUCAGAACAAUUGCUUCUUUCUGUGCUGAAGAUAAAGUAAUGGAACUGUAUCAGAAAAAAUGUGCAGGUCCUAUGAAGAAUGCAAUGAAGCAAGGGUUAGUAGGUGGUUUAGGUUUUGGGGCAUCGUUCUUAUUACUCUAUUGUGCCUAUGCUCUUAGCUUUUAUGCAGGGGCAAGACUUCUUCAAGCUGGGGAGAUAACAUAUUCCGAAGUCUUUCGUGUGUUUUUCUCCCUUAUCACUGCUAUCUAUGGAAUUUCUCAAUCAGGUUCCUUUGUUCCUGAUGCUGGUAAAACAAGUAGUGCUGCUGCUUCUGUAUUUGCAAUUCUUGACAGGAAGUCUAAAAUAAACUCUAGUGAUAACUCUGGAGAAAUAAUAGAAAAGCUCAAAGGAGAAAUUGAGAUUAAGAAUGUCAGUUUUAAGUACCCUACAAGGCCUGACAUACAAAUUUUCCGGGACCUCUGCCUAACUAUUCAUUCUGGCAAGACAGUUGCUCUUGUUGGAGAAAGUGGGAGUGGAAAAUCAACAGUGAUAUCAUUGUUGCAGAGAUUCUAUGAUCCUGAUUCCGGUCAGAUCACACUUGAUGGAGUAGAAAUCCAGAAGCUACAGCUAAACUGGUUAAGGCAGCAAAUGGGACUGGUGAGCCAGGAGCCUGUUCUGUUUAAUGACACCAUCAAGGCCAAUAUUGCGUAUGGAAAAGAAGGAAAUGCAACAGAAACAGAAAUUAUCGCAGCAGCAGAAUUGGCAAAUGCCCACAAAUUCAUUAGCAGCUUACAACAGGGGUAUGACACACUAGCAGGGGAGCGAGGGAUCCAACUGUCAGGGGGACAGAAGCAGAGGGUGGCAAUUGCACGGGCUAUCAUGAAGGCUCCAAAAAUACUACUACUAGAUGAGGCUACAAGUGCUCUUGAUGUGGAAUCUGAAAAGCUUGUUCAAGGUGCAUUGGAUAGAGUCAUGGUAGACAAAACCACGGUGGUGGUGGCACACCGUUUAUCUACCAUCAAGGGAGCAAAUUUCAUCGCGGUGGUAAAAAAUGGUGUCAUUGCAGAGAAAGGUAAACAUGAAGCACUAAUGAAUAAAAAAGAUGGCAUUUAUGCUUCCUUGGUAGCAUUGCACACCACUGCUUCAUCUCAGUGAGCUUAUUCUGCUCUUCUUCACAUCCAGGAUCUCAUGCCUUUUACUUUCUAGAUCCUGCUCAAAUGUAACAGGCAAGCUAAUGUACUGGCAAAAAGAAAGUAAAGACUCCCCAUUUUCCUGAUGUGCACAGUAAUAUGAAUCAAACUGCUGCAAAUAAAAUGAUUGAUUGAUU